GACAUAUGAUAAACAAAACAAAAUAAAAACAGCUGUAACACAUACAUAUCAACAAAAUUUUGUAUUAUUCCCCAAUUGUUGUACAGUUCUAUAAACAACCAUGCUAUCAUUAGUGGCUGAUUACAGUGAUUCUUUAUCCUCCUCCAAUAGUGAAACUGGUGACUCCGAUGAAGAAUCCAAAAAGCAUGAACAAAACAAGCCACCAGUUAAAGCAACUACAAAUUCCAAGCCCUUAUUACCCAGUGCCAGUUUGUUACUAAACUCCUCUCAAAGGGGAGCGGCUGGAGUUGUAUUCAGCAACCCUUUUUUGGAAGCUGAAAAAGCCGAAAUUGAUAAGUUACAAAAACAUGUACAAAUGGUGGAGUCCGAAGAUCAUUUAAUACAGAAAAAUGGUAGAAAAAUUUGUUGGAAUAAUCGCAAGGGACGUUGCAGGUUUGGCAAUAAAUGUAAAUAUGCCCACGAUUCGGACUUGGUGGCGGGCAUUGAUGACGAUAAUGCCAGUGAAGUUAACAAUGAGGAGUCACAACAAAAUCCACCGCCUUCAAUUAAUGCAACCAUAGCUAAAUCUGCCCAAUUAAGCCAUAGUAGUAUACAAACAUAUCAAUCAGUAGAAUCCACCGAUUCUAAGUUAAAGUCUCGCAAACGUCCUGGUUUAGGAGACUCCAUAGUUCCCGGCAAAAAGGUCAUAAAACAAUAUCAAACUUCAAAGACGACAACAAAAACAACGACAUCGUAACAUUCAAAAACCAUCGAGGCUUGCUAGACUACACCUUGAUCGCAAAUACGAACGGUACAACUUUUCUUUUCCCGCAUGCAAGUACUUUGCGUUACUUGCAGAAGACGACGACUUGAUGUUCUAAUUUCUUGUUCUUCGGCUGACAUGUAUUCCAUGGAUAAACGCAAACGAGGUUUUGAUAGCCAAAAAUAACCCAUGACUUGUCGAUAGGUGAGAUUUUUGGUUUCCUCAUCCAAAUCAUCGUCUUCAAGAAUAUCCGAUAUAUCCUGAUCGUCUUUGCAGAACACAGAAAGAGCUAAUAUGUAUUUUAAAAGCAUUUUAGAUAUACACUCAUAAUACAUGUUGCUUUUAAACUGA